CCAUUUACGGUCGGUCAGUGGGUCGCCAGUAUCAGCAGUGUUACCAAGUGUACUCCUAUUUAAAGGCUAGAAAAAUGUUUUGAAAUUAAUCUUUCACUCUAUCUUAUAGCUCAAGGUUCCGUUUAUCUUGCGUAUGUCUAAACGGUAGAUGAUUUUAUCGCUAGAAUGGCACAGACAUCUGAAAGUGUACGAAGUACGGAGUUGGAGAACUUGACUCGUUCGGAUGAACCGACGUUAGAGGAGAGUGAAUUUCCAUCGGUUGGGGUAGCAAGCAAUCCAGAUAAACACAAUUCGUCGGGCAAAUCUACGAAAAUCCUUAUAGUUUUGAUCGUUUUGUUUAGUAUAGCAUGUCUUCUUAUUGGAAUUGCCUUGAUUAUCAAAGCAAAUGCAAAAUGCAAGAAGAUGAAUAAGGAAAGUACGGAUCUUUUCACUUCGAAAACAUGCGCUCCGUCACAAGAAGCCAAAAGAGUCAAACUCUUCGAGUUGUUCAGGAAUGUGCAGAGAACAUUCUUUGAUUUACACCCAAAUACAAUCGGCCUAGAUGCCCUUGCAAGCUUGGAGAAGAUCAAGAGAAAAUACAAAGCAUAUGACUCUCGACCAGAAGCAAUCAAAAAUCGAACCGAUUCUGCAAACACGCUGUUGAAUGACAUUGCUAAUAUGGACACAAAAGUGUCAAAACUAAAACCUCGAGAGAAAAAACUUUUAUCGCAGAUUAAGUUUUAUCUAAAACACGUAUUUGGCCAGCCUUAUGAUGGAGAUUAUUACACCGGGGGAUGGAUGAUGGGGCCGAACUUCUUCUGUUGGCAACCGAUGUGUAGUUUGGGAAGGGAAUUGAACGGUCACUUGCCUCUGUUCGCACCCGAGAAGGCAGAAGAUAUCAAACAACUGGAGAGGAUUUUUGACGGCUACAAGGAUACGAUCUACCAGUACAUCGAUAACUUAAAACUAGGAAUCGAAGCAGGAAUGGUUCGGUCGGUAGAAGAAUGUAACGCAGGGCUCAAUUCAUUCAAAGAAAUCUUCCGAGAAAUUUAUUUCUCCAACGGCACAGGGGUGUUGAAGGAGUCGUUUGGCAAGAUCGUUACGGAACCUACAUUUUUCAGAAAACUGUCCAACGAGACGAGGAAGAAGUUGCUCAAUCAUACUGGAAAAACUGCAGAAGAAACGAUCAAAAACUCUAUCGUUGAUAAUUUUGGCAUCCCCAUGAAAAAACUACUAAGCUUUCUCGAGAAGGAAUAUUCUCGCCACUGCGUCCCCAGUAAUGUGUCCAGCGGUCUUAGCAACAGGCCACUGUCUCACGUUUACGUUGAUGGGGUAGCAACAAAGCCAACCAACAAGAGGCUGCCUACAGGCGAAGAACUGAAUGGUACUAACACGUACACCGCCAUCAUGUCCUAUUUCACCACUACAGAUAUCACGCCAAAAGAAGUGUAUGACAAGGGAUGGGAGAUAGUCAAGAAAACAUAUCCACAGGCAGUCACCGUCGCCAAGCAAGUAACUGGUAUCAAUGAUACCAAAAUGGCGGUUUCGCAGUUCCGCGCCAAAUUGAAAUCACAGAGCAUGUAUUUCAAUGAUGCACCGCUGCCCAAAAACGAGUCGGGCCCUGAUGCGUAUGUGAAGUGUAGCUCAGUUGAAGGCGCAAAGAAACACUGCCCUGUACGAUGGAGAACUUUACAAAAAUGGUUCAAAUCUUCCCGUGAGAUUAUGAGCAUAUUGGAUCCAAAGACCAUCGGUAUGUUUUUCUUCACGGGUCAGAAACACACAACACCAAACUGUCCGGUAACACUUGCCCCAGACUUCAACCCUUCAUCAGCAGCUCAGAGCUACGAAAACAGUGACCCUAACUGCACCAGGCCCUGCUCGUAUAACGUGCCUUUUUUCCUGACGAAUAUGGGCCCAUCAUUCAGUGAGUGGUCAGUGAAUGCGCAUGAAGCAAGACCAGGUCAUCAUACACAGGGCCAGGGUUAUCAAGAGCACUUUCUCGAUACGUGUGGUGGGAUAGGUACUUGGCUUAAUCAGGUGGCGAGGUUUGAUGCAUUCUCUGAAGGCUGGGGUUUGUAUGCAGAGUCCAUGAUUGGUGAAGAUACUGAUACUUAUGAAGGAAGACCGCUGAUGAAGUACGGCUGGCUCAAGUGGCAGAUUUGGCGCGCACUUCGCCUGGUCGUUGACGCUGGUCUUCACUCAAGAGGACUAACAAGGCAACAGGCACUGGAUCUCUUUGACAAGUACGCCUGGGAUGACUCGGAUAUCCGAGAGAAAGAGCUUACUCGAUAUCAGAGCGGUCCUGGUCAGGCUACAGCCUAUAUGAUUGGACAGCUGACUAUUACUAAACUGAGACGAUACGCUACCGACAAGCUGGGGGAAAAGUUUGUUCUGAAGGACUUUCAUUACCAGGUUCUUUCCCAGGGUAGCGCGCCUCUCAGUUUCCUCAUCAACCAUAUCGAGCAUUACGUCAAAUGUAAACUGAAUACCAAUGAGCCUGGCUGUGAAUACAUUCUCUCGCCACCUUCUCCAUCGAGUAAGCACAUCUCCUAUGUUAGAACCUUGGAAGGAAAUUCGGUCCAUCUACCACACUUUCCUUACAGGUCCAGAGGGUACUUGUAGACGGCAAAAAGAACGAAGAAAAUUAGAUCAUUAAAAACAAACUAGCGAUCGCACUUUAGAUGACGUUAGUUAACCAAGGUAGUUAAACUCGGUUGUAAGCGAUAUUGGACAUAUUGCAUAUUGAAAGUCUUUUGAUUAAGUGUGGCUGAUACUUCUAAGUUCCUUUGAUGCGCGCAAAUGACACCGAGUAUCGAGAGGGACCCAGAUGACAUCUCAAUUCGUUUUUAGCACAAUGACUUAAUUAUGAAAUUUGUAGCAACAAGUUUACUCACUUUUGAGAAUGAUGCCUGAUGGCGUCGAAACGUCAAGAAAUUUGAAUAAACUUAUCGCGACAAAUAUCAUAAUUAAAACUUGAAAAACAAUGACUUAGGCACACAUACACCCAACUGAGGGUCCUCCUCAGCUAAUCGUGGCAGAUCACUUCAUUUCGAUUUCAAUCUUUAGAUAACUUAUAUAUAUAAUACUAUGAUGCGCGUACUAACUCGAUACCUGCACAGCUGAUGAACCUGCGUCGAUGAUCAAGACUUUAAAAUGUGUGAGUGAACACCAAAGUCUGUUGCGCAGCCCGUCCAGCCCGUCCGUCCAGGUUUACUCGCAGCUCUAAUCGGUAGUGUAUAGGUAGACAGGCAAUAAAUCUGUUAACGACUCUUUCACGAACACGUCAAAUAAAGUUUUUAAAUUCCA